AUGUACUCUAAAUAGAAGGGGACAAUCGAUGUCUCUAAUAAAUAAGAACAGAUAGUUCCUCUCAAUAUUAGAAUGAUGAAAUAAAUUAAGGUUUCAACUUGUGAAAAAUAGGCUGUUUUAGAGAAAAUCACCAUUACUUACAUUAAUCUAAUAACUCGUAAAUCUAAUUGUAUUCAAUAAUAAAAAAAAGGAACAAUUAUUAUUAAUGAUGAUACAGGAUAUCUUAGUCUUAGCAUGAAUUUAAUAUAGGAAUUCGACCAAAAUUUAUUUAAUAGAAUCAAUUCGGACCAUUCCAAUUUACACUACUAUAACUUUAUUUUAAAAACUAGAGUAUUUAAACACGAGGUUUUCUUUGACAUACAGACUAUACAACAAGUGAAUUAAUCUGCUAUGAUAACCUAUUAAAUCAUAAAAAUCCUUGCUUGGGCAAGAUUAUAGGAAGGAUAGAAAAUGUAGAUCCAUCCAAGAGCAGAGAACGAAGAAGAUGAAUAAAUUCUAAUUGAAGUUUCCAAUUUGAAUGAAGAUAUUCUAACAUUUUUGGGUUAAAACUUAAAAUAAGGGAAAAGCUUAAAUGAAAUUGUAGAUCAUUUUAAGGCCUUGAAUAAUAUUGAACCAUAAGACAUCAAAAAAUCUAUUACACUCUUAUUAAAAGAUGGCAAAAUAAAAAAUGAAGGGGAAAUAUUCCAUCAAGUCAUCCAUUUAUGA